UUGGCUGCGGUGCUCCGGUGAGGCGGAAGAAGGAGUGUUGGCAUUGGCUCAGCCGACGCCGGUUGAUAGCCUAGAAGAGGCUUUGAUUGAAAAACCAACGGUGCAGUUGGCAGUGGUGCCCCCGAAGUUGAGGGGACCUGAAGUGGGCUGCCGGGAGGGCGGGACGGUCCCUCCUAUCCAGAGCAGCGGAUGACAGCAGCAGUGACAAUGAGAAGGACGAUUUAGAGAUUGGCCUUAAGGAGGGACCCUCCCUCCCGCGCGGCACAUUACAAACUCUGUCACGAGUAGACUCGGGUUAGCAGCCACACACGACAUGAACACAGACGUGUCACGAGUAACUUCAUGCAGUGGCAGUUGAAGGAAUCCACAGAAAUGACAUUCAUGCCUGCAGGGAAUGCAAUGGUAAUUCUGGGGCAUUGACGUUUUACAAUGCCUGAUCCAGACAAAAAGGUGAAGACCACAGAAAAAUCAACCGAUAAAAACCAGCAAGGGAUCACCACCAGGGACUAUUCAGAUCUUAAAAGACUUCGGUGCCUUUUGAACGUUCAAUCAAGCAAACAACAGCUUCCAGCCAUUAACUUCGAUAGUGCCCAAAAUAGCAUGACGAGGUCUGAACCCGCCAUCAAGGAAGUUGGACACAGAGCUCCACGUCAGUGGCACGAGUCCACAGAGGCUGUUGAACUUGAAAAUUUCAGUAUAAACUACAAGAAUGAGAGGAAUUUCAGCAAACAUCCCCAGCAUAAACUAUUUCAGGAAAUCUUUACAGCCUUGGUGAAAAAUAGACUCAUAUGCAGAGAGUGGGUUAAUCAUGCCCCAUCUAUUCAUUUCCUGAGAGUGUUAAUUUGUCUGAGACUACUAAUGCGGGAUCCAUGUUAUCAGGAAAUACUUCAUAGCUUGGGUGGGAUUGAAAACCUAGCUCAGUACAUGGAGAUUGUGGCUAAUGAGUACCUGGGCUACGGAGAAGAGCAACACAGUGUGGACAAGCUGGUCAACAUGACAUAUAUUUUUCAAAAACUUGCUGCUGUCAAAGACCAAAGAGAAUGGGUCACCACAAGUGGAGUCCACAAGACAUUAGUGAAUUUACUCGGUGCCCGAGAUACUAACGUUCUGUUGGGCGCCCUUCUGGCCCUGGCUAGUUUAGCUGAAAGCCCAGAAUGUAGGGAGAAGAUAAGUGAACUCAACAUUGUAGAAAAUCUGCUGAUGAUUUUACAUGAAUAUGAUUUACUCUCCAAAAGACUAACUGCAGAGUUGCUGCGCCUACUGUGUGCCGAACCCCAAGUGAAAGAGCAGGUGAAGCUCUAUGAGGGGAUCCCCGUCCUCCUCAGUCUGUUGCACUCUGACCACCUGAAGCUGCUCUGGAGUGUCGUCUGGAUCCUGGUGCAGGUUUGUGAAGACCCCGAGACCAGUGUGGAAAUCCGCAUCUGGGGCGGCAUCAAGCAGCUGCUGCAUAUUUUACGAGGAGAUAGAAAUUUUGUUUCUGAUCGGUCUUCCAUUGGAAGCCUGUCUAGUGCAAAUGCAGCAGGCCGAAUUCAGCAGCUUCAUUUGUCAGAAGAUUUAAGCCCUCGGGAAAUACAAGAAAAUACUUUCUCUCUUCAAGCAGCCUGCUGUGCUGCCCUCACUGAACUCGUGCUCAACGACACCAAUGCCCACCAGGUGGUUCAGGAAAAUGGUGUAUAUACAAUAGCAAAAUUAAUCUUACCAAACAAACAAAAGAAUGCAGCAAAGACUAAUCUAUUACAGUGUUAUGCUUUCAGAGCCUUGAGGUUUCUCUUCAGUAUGGAAAGAAACAGACCACUCUUUAAAAGGCUCUUCCCCACUGACUUGUUUGAGGUCUUCAUUGAUGUAGGACAUUAUGUUCGUGACAUCAGUGCUUAUGAAGAAUUGGUAUCCAAGCUGAAUUUACUAAUGGACGAUGAGCUGAAGCAAAUUGCUGAAAACAUUGAAAGCAUUAAUCAGAAUAAAGCUCCUUCGAAAUACAUAGGCAACUAUGCAAUUUUGGAUCAUCUUGGAAGUGGAGCUUUUGGCUGUGUUUACAAGGUUAGAAAGCGUAGUGGUCAAAAUCUUUUAGCAAUGAAAGAGGUCAAUUUACAUAACCCAGCAUUUGGAAAGGAUAAGAAAGAUCGAGACAGCAGUGUGAAGAAUAUUGUUUCUGAAUUAACCAUAAUUAAAGAGCAGCUUUAUCAUCCCAAUGUUGUACGCUAUCACAAAACAUUUCUUGAAAAUGAUAGGUUGUAUAUAGUUAUGGAGCUUAUAGAAGGGGUCCCUCUUGGAGAACAUUUCAGUUCUUUGAAGGAAAAACAACAUCAUUUUACAGAAGAAAGACUAUGGAAAAUAUUUAUUCAGCUGUGCUUAGCUCUCCGGUACCUACACAAGGAGAAGAGGAUUGUCCAUAGAGAUCUGACGCCAAACAACAUUAUGUUGGGGGAUAAGGACAAAGUAACAAUCACUGACUUUGGCCUGGCAAAGCAAAAACAAGAAAACAGUAAACUCACAUCUGUUGUUGGAACAAUCCUGUAUUCCUGCCCUGAGGUACUGAAGAGUGAGCCGUAUGGGGAGAAGGCUGAUGUCUGGGCAGCAGGCUGCAUCCUUUAUCAGAUGGCCACUCUGAAUCCCCCUUUCUGCAGCACCAACAUGCUUUCCCUGGCUACAAAAAUAGUGGAGGCGGUAUACGAUCCAGUGCCAGAAGGCAUCUACUCUGAAAAAGUGACAGAUACCAUCAGAAGGUGCCUCACUCCUGAUGCAGAAGGCCGCCCAGAUAUUGUACAAGUCAGCUCCAUGAUCUCAGAUGUCAUGAUGAAGUAUUUAGACAGCUUGUCUAUAUCCCAGCUGGCCUUGGAAAAGAAACUGGAACGGGAACGGAGGCGCACACAGAGGUAUUUUAUGGAAGCCAACCGCAAUGCUGUCACAUGUCACCAUGAGCUGGCUCUGCUGUCUCACGAAACCUUUGAGAAAGCAAGUUUGAGUAGCAGCAGCAGUGGGGCAGCCAGCCUGAAAAGUGAACUGUCCGAAAGCGCAGAUCUGCCCCCUGAAGGUUUCCAAGCCCCCACAGGUAAAGAAGAAGACAGGACCUGCGAAGAAAUCCUGUCAGAUGAUAACUUCAACUUGGAAAAUAUUGAGAAAGAUAUGUAUUCAGAGCUAGACGAUGAAUUGGACGUUUCAGAUAACUCCUGCAGCUCCAGUUCAAGCACUUUGAAAGAAUCUACAUUCAGAAUUUUAAAGAGAAGUUUUAGUGCUUCAGGAGGAGAAAGACAAUCCCAAACAAGGGACUUCACCAGGGGAAUAGGAUCAAGACCACGACCAGCUUUGCUGCCUCUUGACCUGCUUCUGAAAGUGCCACCCCUCACGCUCAGGGCCCACAUUAAGGAGCUAGAGGCCGAGUUAGUGAUGGGGUGGCAGUCCCAUAGCCUUCCUGCUGUGAUUCUUCGCAAUCUCAAAGACCAUGCAUCUGCAGGAAUAGCUGUGUCCCAGAGGAAAGUUCGUCAGAUCAGUGAUCCUAUCCAGCAGAUCUUAAUUCAGCUUCACAAAAUCAUCUACAUCACGCAGCUUCCUCCAGCUUUGCACCACAAUUUGAAAAGAAGGGUUAUAGAGAGAUUCAAGAAAUCCCUCUUCAGCCAGCAGAGUAACCCUUGCAAUUUGAAAUCUGAAAUUAAAAAGUUAUCUCAGGGAUCUCCGGAACCGAUCGAGCCCAACUUUUUCACAGCAGAUUACCAUUUAUUACGUCAUUCAGCAGGUGGAAACAGACUGUCCCCAAAUGACCCGACAGGCCUACCUACCAGUUUUGAUUUGGAGGAGGGAAUAACAUAUGAGCAGAUGCAGACUGUGAUUGAAGAAGUCCUAGAGGAAAGUGGUUAUUACAAUUUUACUUCUAACAGGUAUCACUGCUAUCCAUGGGCGGCCAAGAAUCACCCAACCAAAAGAUGAAAAUGCUACAUUUCAAUGAAUGGACUUGGUUUUCCCAGUGAAGUUCAAGUUCUGGACUUCAGCCGUUACAGCAAGAUGCCCAAAGAUUGGGUGUUGUUACAAGAAUGUGGACGAGAACAGACCAAAAUGCCAUGGUGCCUGCAGGACCUCUCUCUGGAGGUCCGGUGCUCGGCCAUAUGACAUCUGCAGUGCUUGGAGGCUCCAUUCCUAAGACACAUUAUACACAGGAUGACAGGGCCCUCAGUGUGCUCCUGGGAGAAAAUACCACAAAAUUCAUCUGUGGGAAGAAAAUACACUCUUCACAGAACUUCCCUCCAAUUAAAAAAAAAAAGAAAAAUCCUUGUCAUAGUUUUCAAAGGAAUAUUUUACACUUAGGGUUGCUGCAUCUAGCCUUUCAUGUAUAAAAAAUAGUUUUACACAAAGAAAAUUAAUAGGACUCAGAAUAAUAAUAUAUUGGUGAUUCACUGUUAUCUUCCAAUUUUUUAAAUCUUAAAAAUAUUCAAAAUAUGUAAUUGAAUGUUUUUUUGUUUGUUUUGUUUUAAUGAAAGGAUUGGUUCUCUCUUAACCACUUGGGUGCUAGUGGUCUUGAGCCCUGAUACUGUGUAGACAGUAUUUGUAACCUUGCACAGCUUCUGGGAAUAACUGUCAAGUUGUCAGAUUUAAGUUACAGUAAUUGAAUAUAUUAAUUUACAGUGUGUGUAUAUGUUCGUAUAUAUGGGAGAGGGGAAGGUUUUGAUUUGGCUAAUGCUUCGUUGCUGAUCCAGCUUAUAGUAUUUUUAGAGCACUUUGAGUCCAUGAAAGAGAUUCAGUAUCCCUUGUUCUAAGACCCUCCUUACUAAAAUUACCUACAUUGUUUUAAACUUAUUAUUGUUUGGGAAUUUGAAAUGAAAAUAAGUUAUAUAAUAAAAAGUUCCUUCUUUAUUCAUUGAGACAUCCCUAAAAGAAGAGAAAUCAGAAUGCCAAACAGUGUCUCAUUCUUAUGUAGGGAGAAUUUAUGAUGAAAAUUUUCUAGAUUUUUAUUGGGCUAAAAAUCUCUUCAACGGCUUCUUGGUGGUGGCAUGUCAAGAAAUGCCCUCAUUGCCAAAUCAGACUUUACUUCUAAUUACUUAAAGAGCAUUUUAAUGCUAUAUAAUUAGUAAUCUGAAAGCUGAAAUUAUGCUUUUUAUUUACUUCUCACUGAAUUCUGUUAUUUUUAUUUACAUUGAUAUAUUUUUAGCGUGACAGAAUAGAGCUUAGUUCAAUAUAUAUUUACAGUGGUUGAAACCCAAUAACGUUUUGUAUAGUACAGGAAAAAUUUUUAAAUGUGAAUCCAGACUGUUUUUACAUUUAGUAUGUUUAACAUUUAAAUGAUACACAAAUUCCCUUUAAUACCUUUGAAAAUUGCCAAUGAAUCUUUGCCUUUAAGCCAAAUUAAUAAUAAAAAAUGUACUAUAAUUUAAAAUAAUAGAUGCAAGUACAGUGAUGAAAAUUUUAGUUUCAGCUUUCAAGCCAACUCCAUCCAUGUGAGAAAUUUACAUGUGAAAUCAAAAUUUAUGAUUUUGUUCAUUUAAACUAGGCAAAAUUUUAUCCCUAUUUCAAUUUAAUUUGAACCUGAACUAUAUUACUUUUUGUAUCUUUCCAUGUAUGGAAUGAGCACAUUUUCUCAUUGUGUAGGAGGCACAGGCCUAGAGGGGCACAAAUUUUAAUUGUAGUAGAAGCCAGUAUUUAGAAAUAAACCAAGCUGUGGGGUGAAAGUCUGAAGAAUAAAGUUCUUUUCCAAAUUAUGAUAUAGAGUAGAAUAGUAUUCAGAGGUCACAUCUUGGUUGGAAAAGAGAAAUUAUUUGUUUGAAAGUGUUCUUAAAUGCAUACAGUCUAUUGAUCUUAUUGAUGAGAACUGGAGCAAAAGAUGUCUAACUAAAUCUUUUGGACCAUACAAUGGCAUUUGUUAUGCUAGGAACCAGUGAGAAUUAACAAAAAUAAGCAAAUAUGUAUCCUUUUGAAAGGCAGCUUUAGACUCAUCAACUCUACCAUCAAGAGAUGCAUUCUCUUGCCAAAAUAAUGAAUGUGUGCUAUUUGAAUCCUGCCUCCACACACACACACACACACACACACACACACACACGCUGAAACUACCAGUUAUUGAAUCAACAUUCUCCCAGUGCAAGACCAACCCUUUAAGAGAAAGUUAGGUACUGAUAAGGGAAUCAUUUUGUGCACGGAGGCACAUCCAAUUGUGAAGUCAACUUAUCAAAAGCCCUCACUUUCUUUCAAACAAGUCCACUCCCCCUUACAAUAAAACAAGAAUGGUCAUUUUCUUUUAACUAUCUGAACUGUCUUCUAGAGCAAACAAGUUGUUACUUGCAUUUAAUAGACCUCAUAUUCUUUUCUUGAUUGCAUUUAAAUUUUUUCUCUUUCUUUUGUGUAAUUUUUAAUUAUUUGUUGUACGAUGAAAUCCCUGUGAACUCAUCUAAUUCUCAGUCACUGAAUAUUGGUAUGGGACAGAAUAUGAAUCAGUCUUUUCAGAUCACUUUUGUUUUACAAAUACUUCGGUUGAUUAUGUUGUGAUCCACCAUAUCCACCAUGUGUGAAUAUGUGCAUUUGAAACCUUAGUUGGCGUUUUAAAAGCAAAAUGUUCCGUGCUCAGGGAAGUGACUGCAGCAGGCCUGUGUGCUGACUGGUUGUUAACCUUGUCUGCAUCCAGAUGUGUGAUAUUUAAUUAGAGAUCUUUAGGGGAUAGUAACAUGGACACAGACCCUGCGCUCAUGGAUGAAUUUCAGAAACCUCCUAGGGAAAUGCUGCUUGAGUUUAAUACGGAUAUUUUGUAUGGCACUGGGCAGCAUGCACAGUCUGUUUUGGCAUUCUAAAGCAGAAUUAAUUAACAAACACUGUUAUAAAGUUUACCCUAACGAUGGAACUGAUUCGGGGUUAAGGUCUUCCUAGAGGUUCCAUCUAUCAGUUAACAAAUGCUAUGAAUUUUGAUUUUCAAAAACAGAUAUGGGACUGGUUGACUGUGUGCAAUGACAGCAAUAUCAUGGGUGAAUCACCACUCAUACUUAAGCUGUGUGAAAGCAACGAUAUCAUUUAGUCAAUUCUAUCAGUGUUAAUAUGCAUAGAAUCCACAUCGUUCUUUUUGAUCUGCUGAAUUGCAAAAUAUAUUUAUUGCUAUUUUUCUGUACAUAGUAAAUAUGCUGAGUUCCUUUCGAAAUAGCUUCAACUUCUAUCUGAAGGCAGAAAAACCUUCUUUAUAAGCCACUUUUAUUGUUUACCUUUUACUUUUUUAAAUGUACAUUCACGAGCUCAGAAAUCAACAGGAGAGGCAAUGAAAAGGAACUAGAGUUGAACCAGCUUCUCAGCACCCUGAAGAUGCAGACACGAAGGCCUCCUAAGCAAGGAAUGCUCAAUACUUGACUCUGGGUGAAAUUCUAUGUAAACAUGCAGUUCUCCAUGUUCAAAAACUAAAUGUGGUAAUAAGUGUAUUUUAUAUAUUUUUAUGAUAUCUUUCAGAUUGCAUGCAUUGAUGGAAAUUGGCAUCGUUUUGGAGACAUUUUUUCACUUUAAGUAUGCUAACAGUAUGCUUAUCCUUGAAUGCUGUUUUUUAUAUAGAUAGGAAGACUCAAAUGUCUCAGGGAAACAACUUUGUUAUAAAGAAAUUCUUAUGUGUGUCAUUACAGUUAAAUUGCACAUUGUAAAUACAAGUGUUAGGGUUGAUUAUAUUCUGGCUGGGAUGUUGUUUUGAGAUUUGCAAGAGGGACAGGAAAGAUUUUAUGACUUUGAUGGGGUGACUGAUGGAUAUUGUAAAUUUACAUACCCUCUGGGUCCAUGGGCAGUAGUGUUUUUAAAAAUGAAGAUCACACACACCCUAAAAUCAGAGCAGCAUUCUUGGUAUAUGAGGUAUGCUAGAUUUAUUUUUACCACGUAUAUGCAGCAGUUAACUAAUUAUAUACAAAAAAUUAAAUAUGGUUUUUUAUUAUAAUUAAAAUUGUAUUCUCAAUUGAAAACUAAAAAUUAUUCCUCAAAACACGACAAGCUGCCUUUUUCCCGUUUGGUACCAUAAAGCUCUGAACUAUACCCAGAAAAUGUAUUUAGAAGUAGCAGGAGCAUAUUAUAGCAAAUAUGUUACUUUUUUAAAUGCUGCCAUUUGGAAGUGGCUUACCUUUGUUUCCUCUGAAUAUAGAUAGAAGUUUUGUCUUUAUAGAAAAUCAUUGUCAUUUUGACAUGUAAUCAACAAGUCUACGUGGAUGCUUGUGAAUCUGGAGAGCUCACAAAUGAAAAAUUAGCUGACAUGUUUACAAUCGUGACAAACUGGACCCACAAAACAAGCAGAGAGAGAUUCGGACUAGAAAUGACAAACCAAGGGGAACGCAUAGCUUAAGGCCUUGGCACCUUUACGUCAGAUUGUGAAGGUCACUUACACAAUGAUAUUCUUAAUUCGUGAUUUAGUUCAGCAUUUCAAGCACCAUUUGAGUCAGGAAUCUGAAAAAGAAUAUCAGGCUUAUAAAUGACUUAACAUUUCAGCUUUCCUUGCCCUCCAUGUUCUCUGUGCUUACCUUGUCCUUCAGUGAAUUUGGAAGGAAAUGCAGCCAGCCGGGUUGAGGAUAUGUCAAGAAGGAAUAUCUGAAGUAUUUGUAUGAACCCAACAUUCGAUUGACGGAGGUGAAUAAAUACAAGUACUCAGAAGUGAAAUCCCAACUUGUUCAAGAUGAAAGAUGAAUCUUGCAAGGACGUGGUAUGACCCCCAAAUAAAAACGGCUUUGAGAAUUUGGAGGACAAGUAGAAAGCAAGUGGUUCCCCAAUUUCUGACAUUGCCCAACAGGCUGGUCCCAAAGUGGUGAGUGAUCGACCAGGGACCAGGUACUCCACAAACUUGAAUGCUUCAUAUUGUUCCCCAGAGUGCAGUUAUCAUUGGACUGUUAUUUCUGUGCUGUCACCAGUGAGGUGACCACCCAGAAUGCCCCCCUAAAGCUCCUCAGUAACUUGUUGGUCGAGUCCUUAGGACAGGGUCCCUGUGAAGCAUUCCAAAGACAUUAAACUCUUCAAAGAAGCAAUUUUAUCUGCCAUUAAGUGAAUGCAGUUCUGUCUGGGUGCUAUGGUUUCUCUCCCUUCUUUCAUCCACGGCCUCAGGCCCAUUUCAUCUGACAAUGCAAAUUUUGUGAGAAAUAUAUGUGGAACUUAAAUAAAUGAUGGCAGAUUUGAAUAUGCUUACACUUAGCUAGAUUAGAAAAGAAACAUUUUAAGGUAUUUCAGUUGUUUGCAAGCAAAGCAGUUGAUAGGUUGUGGAAAGAUUCCAUCAUUUUUCUCUUCCAAAAUGGGAAACAAAAAUCCGUUAAAAGGAAAGUCCUCUGAGUGCAUUUUGUUUACUGACAUUUAGUGGAUCAAAACUGAAUUAUAAUGCUUCCUGCAUUUUAUUGUUCCCAGUGGUAAGUUCGUAAGGAUCAAAGAGAAUAGAGCUGUUCUUUGAAAAGAUCUGUAGCCCCUAAUCUCAAGUUGCCCAGCAUGUCUAUUAUCUGGACAACCGAGGUCUGACAAAGGUCUGUGCCCAGAAAAUGGAAAAGUACUUUCAAUUUGCUUUUUUCCCCUUUGCCUCUGAGAGAGUAACCAACCCCAUCCCCAGGCCUCUCUCCUGUCUGGAAUACGACCUCCUCCCCAUUCCUACCCAAGGAAGAGACUGUUACCAGGUGUCCUGCAGAGACCCCUGUGUUAUUGGAGGAGAGGUCGAUAGUUCUAUGACCGCUGUGUGAUAUGAAGGCAGAGGGAUGAUGGACACCUCUGCAUCUGUCCGUCCAAAACCUCCAAAACACUUAUGCACAAGCACAACGAACUGAUGAACUGGAAGACCUUGGAAGAGAGGAAAAAAUGAAAUGCCUCUAUAAAAGAUUUAUAUAAAAAAUGCAAGCAGCCUUUAUUUUUGCUAUUGCUUAACUAUGCUCUAUAAAAUGC